CAACGAAGGCCCGUUUUGCUGGGCUAGGGCGCCAGGCCGCUCUCCCGUAUAAAACAUAAGCCUUCCCAAAACCACUCACUUUCUGGCUUCUGCAGCAGCGAGAAAAACCCUAAACGGCCCCAGAACUCUCAGAUCUCCUCCUCUCGGAACGCCAUGACUUUCAAGCGCAGAAAUGGAGGUCGCAACAAGCACGGCCGCGGACACGUCAAGUUCAUCCGUUGCUCCAACUGCGGCAAGUGCUGCCCCAAGGACAAGGCCAUCAAGAGAUUCUUGGUGAGGAACAUCGUCGAGCAAGCUGCUGUGAGAGAUGUUCAGGAAGCCUGUAUCUAUGAGCAAUACACGUUGCCUAAGCUGUAUGCCAAGAUGCAGUACUGUGUUUCCUGUGCAAUUCACUCCCAUGUUGUGAGGGUGCGAUCCCGCACCAACAGGAGGAACCGUGAGCCACCACAGCGAUUCAUCAGACGCAGGGAUGAUGCCCCAAGGCCCGGUCAGCCUGGUCAAGCUCCCCGACCUGCUGGAGCUGGUGUUCCUGCUCGUACUUGAUCUGAGCAUAUCGAUCCUUUCAUUAUGUGAUGGUCGCCUCCCAGUAUCUACACAAUCUUCUGGACUGAGUUACGUAGCACUUUUUUGUGAUUCUCGUGUUAUUGUUUAGACGUUUUGGGGAUUAAAGUACAAUGUUUUUGGAUGUUUUAUUUUGAUGAUAAUGCAAUUUUAGAAUUCGUUAUGGUUUUA